CUGCUCAAAUCUCUUCAAACUUCAAUUGCCUAGCGGAGCAGAGUGGUGUUCCAAAUUCAAUAGAUCAUCAUAAAAUAGUAACUGUGGUGGUUGGCGGCGGAGAUGAAGAAGGAAUGGAAGCGAAGAGAGCUGACCAUUUUGGUGGCCUAUGCCAUUGCUUUCUACAUUUUCAUCAUCCGUCGAUCUCUUCAACUCUCUCACGAUCAUCAAGUAAAGCUCUAUGGUUUACGCGCCGGAUGGCUCCUCCCUAACAGUUUCAAUGAUAUCUCCGAUGCUCAAUGGAGAAACUUUCGCGGAAAUUUACCUAUUCUUGGUGUCGUUUUUGGAAUUUUCGCUUUGUUAGCCAAUUUGUUAAGGGCUUUCUUGUGUUUGAAGGCAAAAGGAAUGUCCUUUGUUUGGCUUUUCAUUUCUUUGGCGUACUUGUCAUAUCUUCAUGGAGCUUGCAUCAUUUUUAUCCUGUCUAUUGCAUCAGUUAAUUUUCUUCUAGUAAAGAUAUUUGCACGAACUAAGUACUUCUUAUUCGUGCUUUGGGCUUACAACAUAUUUUUUCUUCUGUGCAAUCGUAUUUAUGAAGGAUAUUCAUUCUCCUUUUUUGGGCAAAGAUGGUCAUAUUUGGACAACUUUCGAGGCACCUUUAGGUGGCAAAUCUGCUUUAAUUUUGUUGUUUUGCGCAUGAUAAGCUUUGGAUGUGAUUACCAUUGGGCACGUCAAUAUUCUCAUUUUGAUCAGAAGAGGCACGUUCAACAUUGUCGUAUCUGCAAGUCCGGAAGAACAUGCUACCAAUUUCUACAGGAGACAAGUGCCCCAAAUGAUAAUUUCUCCUUUAAUAUAUACCUUUCUUAUUUGGUAUAUGCUCCUCUUUAUAUUGCUGGGCCAAUUAUAAGCUUCAACGCUUAUGUCUCACAGUUAGAUAUGCCCCAGAAGAAUUAUGCAGCCCAUGAUGUGUUUUGGUAUGGAUUACGUUGGAUAUUGAGCUUUUUUCUAAUAGAACUUUUGACUCAUCUGUUUCAUUACAAUGCUUUUGCAAUCAGUGGCCUUUGGAAAUUUUUAUCUCCUGUGGAUAUAUUCAUCAUAGGAUAUGGGGUCUUAAACUUUAUGUGGCUAAAGUUUUACCUCAUUUGGCGAUAUUUCCGCUUCUGGUCACUGAUUUGUGGCAUUGAAACUCCUGAGAACAUGCCAAGGUGUAUUAAUAAUUGCUACAACUUGGAGAACUUUUGGAAAAGUUGGCAUGCUUCAUACAAUAAAUGGCUUGUGAGGUACAUGUAUAUUCCUCUUGGGGGAACUCGGAGAAAGCUGCUGAAUAUAUGGGUUAUAUUCACAUUUGUUGCUGUCUGGCAUGAUCUUGAGUGGAAACUUCUUUCAUGGGCAUGGUUGACAUGUUUAUUCUUUAUUCCUGAAAUGGUGGUCAAAUCAGCAGCGAAUGCAUUACAGGCAGAAAGUGCUUUUGGGGAGUUUCUUUUCCGUGAACUUCGGGCAGUUGCUGGUGCUAUUACUAUCACAUGUCUAAUGGUUGCAAACCUUGUUGGGUAUGUUAUUGGACCAUCAGGUAUUAAUUGGUUCACUUCACAAUUUCUCACUAGAGAAGGAUUACCAGUACUGGGUGGUAUGUUUGUAACAUUUUAUGUUGGGACAAAGCUUAUGUUCCAUAUCGAUGAUGCCAAGCAAAAGAAGCAUUAAAUUGAGUUGCCUGGUUCUAUCAUAGAUCUGCCAGAAGUGGGCUUCAGUUCAAAGUCAGAAGGAAAGCAUGUCUACAAAAGUAGGAUAGAUGACCUUAUAGUACUGCAACAGAUUGAGUCUCUAUUCUAAGUUCACGUGGCUAGUUGAGUGUAUAUUUUUCUUUGACAAAAUAAGAAACUCAAUUUUUUUGAAGACUUGCACAGCAUUGAUUCUUUUUAUUCAUUAAUUCAGAAACUGUACUCACUAUCAUUGGACAAAUUGGACUCUCUCGAGAUUAAGGCCUACUACCAA